UUGCGACACGCCAAUGGAAUAUCAGUGCAGUGAACUGUGUAAUACAAGAGGUCACCGCAGUACAAAUACGUAUAGUAAUGUGUCUCGCAAUUUUGUGUAUAUAAUACGGUACGCCAGUGUGAAAUAUCAUUACACAUUCAGAGCUUGCAUCAACAGCAUAUCAAAUCCUAUCAAAAUGGCAUUCAAAUUCAUUGUCGUCCUUGCUUUGGCUUCAGUUGCUAGUGCAGGUCAUUUGACUGUUGCCCCGGCUUAUGCUCAUGGAGGAUAUGCUCACGGAGCUUAUGCUGUCGCCGCUCCAGCACCUGCUUACGUUAAAACUAUUGCUGCUGCUCCAACUGUCCUUAAAACUGUUGAAUAUGAAGCCCCAGCCCAAUACGAUUUCUCUUAUGGAGUAAGUGAUCCACUUACAGGAGAUCAUAAGAGCCAAGCUGAAUCUCGUCAUGGGGAUAAUGUUCAUGGAUCUUACAGCCUAAUCGACUCUGAUGGGUUCAAACGUACUGUGGAAUACACCGCUGAUGAACACAAUGGAUUCAACGCAGUUGUCCGUCGUGAACCCUUGGCUCAUGCUGUUGCUGCCCCAGUCGCCAAGGUUGUUGCUCCAGUAGCUGCUGUUGCCCCAGUUGCUCAAUAUGCUCCAGCCACUAAGGUAGUUGCUGCUUCCCCAAUCCACUACGCUACUGCCCCAGUUGCUUAUGCUGCUCCAGUUGCCAAGUUCGCUGCUCCUGUUUUGGCCUCUGCUCACUACGCUCCAUCCGUUGUUGCUAAUGCUGGUCAUUAUGCUCCCGCAACUUAUGGUGCUCAUGUUUACCAUCACUAAGUAGAGCAACAGGUCAAUGAAUGUGUGCUAAUUUAUUGUUGUUAUAAAAUAUAAUAUCUCGU